AUGUCUUCCCUCGCGCGCCUCUUGGGCUGGACGCCCCCCACCAACGCGGACUACAUUGAUGUGGUUGUCCCGGACCAUAUCGCUCACCAACAACAGCAACAGCAGGAGUACCUUGACGCCAAUGGCGCUCAGUUGCAGUACCACGCCAACGGCGGCUAUCCGUACAACCAACCGUCCUCACCUGCUUCUUCCACAUCCAACUUUUCCGAUACCGAGAAGUCGCCCGAACCUAGCGGCAAGAAGGGCGACCCCAACUGGGUCGCUCGUCCCCGCAACGAGUUCAUUCUCUUCCGCUGCGAUUACGUUCGCAAGCACACUAAGGAGGGAGGAACGGGAAAGCGAACUCGCCGUGCUCCUGGCCAAGAGUCGGAGAAGACACUCUCCAAACUCGCCGCUGAGGCAUGGCGGGCUCUUUCCCCAGAGGAGCGACUCUACUGGCGCGAGCAGGCUAACAUCGAGCGCUCAGACCACGCCAAGAAGUACCCCGACUACCGCUACCGUCCAAAGAAGAGCACCACCGGUCGUAAACGCCAGAGCCGUUCCUCGAUGUCAGUGCUUCGCAUGCACAGUCCUCUGCGCAAAGCAGUUUCUACACCAUACCUCUCCGGCGGCCCAAUGGACAACCAGCCGUGGGGCUCACUCCCACCCCCUCCUCUCCCACAUCGCUCGCUUGCCCACCAGAGGCAUGGUUCUUUGCACUUCAACUACGGAAUGCCCAUGGUAGGCCAUCCCCCGUCCUCCUUCCACUCGUCAGGGGUCGCCACACCUGCCCUCUCCGACACCAUGUCCAUGCAAAAUUCGGUCAGUUCCUCGCUCGUCAACUGGAACGGCGAAUCCUCCCAUCCAAUCAUCUCCGCUCCCCAACCAACGCCCUACAUCGCGCCAGCUAUGAUCCCCAACUCACUCAUCGACCCCGCCCUCCUCCAAUCUUCCUCACCGCAAAAGACGACGAAUGCCAUCAACGGUGGCCCCGCAACCCAAACCUUCUCCGACGUUGGGUAUGGUGUGCCCGAUCAACUAUCACGGCAAUCUUCCUUCGCGCCUGGGUUGAUCAGUCGUACAUCCAGUACAACCGAUUCCGGGUACAUGUUGAACAACUCCUCCUCUGCGAUCGCGUAUACCGAAGCAGGAGCCCCAGUUGUGAUGGAUGAAUUCGGUAUGCCCAACAUGCCACAUCCUACGACUAUCAACCCAAGCGAGUACUUUGGCAGCUCAGCGGAGAUGACACCCGACGAGAUGUUCGUUAUGGAUGGGGAGGAGUACUUCCCUCCAACCGCCUAUUAA